AUGUGGCUCUCGGGCGGCUGGUGUGGCUCUCGGGCGGGCUGGUAUGGCUCUAGGGCGGGGCUGGUGUGGCUCUCGGGCGGCUGGUGUGGCUCUCGGGCGGCUGAUGUGGCUCUCGGGCGGCUGGUGUGGCUCUCGGGCGGCUGGUGUGGCUCUCGGGCGGCUGGUGUGGCUCUCGGGCGGCUGAUGUGGCUCUCGGGCGGCUGGUGUGGCUCUCGGGCGGCUGGUGUGGCUCUCUGGCGGCUGGUGUGGCUCUCGGGCGGCUGGUGUGGCUCUCGGGCGGCUGGUGUGGCUCUCGGGCGGCUGGUGUGGCUCUCGGGCGGCUGGUGUGGCUCUCGGGCGGCUGGUGUGGCUCUCGGGCGGCUGGUGUGGCUCUCGGGCGGCUGGUGUGGCUCUCGGGCGGCUG